GGGGCUCGGAGGGGAACGUUACAAGUACAGCUAUAGCCCAUUGACAAUUUUAACGGUGACUCUUCGUGCAGUUACAAAUAAGUUAGAAACCUGAAGAAAAAGGAAGUUUUAAAAAAAUUAAGACCAAGAGAUUAUGACCCACUUGCUUACAAACUCCUUCCCUUUCCUUCUUUUUCAAAUCCCAUGUUUUCACUCUUCUCCGAUGCCAGGUUACACAGUCUGGUCGUAUUGUUUCGUUUGUUGUUGUGGUGAAAGAGGUGAGAAUUCACAUUAAAGUGGCACAAAUUAAAAACAAAAUGAGUUAAAUUACACAGCAAACUUUCAAGACUGGCAAUAUAGUUAUCUCGCUGUCGGUAACAUGGAGAAAAGCUCGACGAUUGACUUCGGUUUCCUUGGUGGCAGCCCUUUGAAGUCCACUUCUCAACCCAACAAACCGAGGAUGAGGCAUAUCUCGGAUCGCCACCCUAAGCAACUCCUGGACACUUUAGAAGCUUUACGACAAUGCAAAGAACUGUGUGAUGUUGUUAUAAAGGCUGGGAAUAAAACCAUGUUUGCACAUCGGGUGAUUCUGGCGGCGUGUAGCCCAUAUUUUCGGGCCAUGUUCACCGGAGAGAUGGCAGAGAGCAGGCAAAUGGAGAUAACAAUCCAAGAUGUCGAUGAAACAGCGAUGGAAUUACUCGUUGAUUUCGCUUACACAGCGUCGAUUACUGUGGAAGAGGGCAAUGUUCAGGUGCUUCUCCCUGCCGCUUGCCUUCUUCAGAUCUCAGAAAUUCAGGAAAUAUGCUGCGAAUUUCUAAAACGCCAACUCGACCCUUCGAACUGUCUUGGUAUUAGGGCCUUCGCUGAUACUCACGCCUGUCGCGAUCUGUUACGUAUCGCUGACAUUUUCACUCAACACAAUUUCCAAGAAGUAAUGGAAAGUGAGGAAUUCCUGCUUCUACCAGUGACACAAUUACUUGACAUUCUCUCAAGCGACGAGCUAAACAUUCGCUCGGAGGAGCAGGUAUUUACAGCGGUUAUAAACUGGGUCAAAUAUAGCGUUUCAGAGAGGCGAUGCCAUCUUUCGCAGAUUUUACAACACGUCCGUCUACCGCUGUUAUUGCCCAAAUUCUUAGUUGGUGUCGUUGGCACUGAUCCUUUGGUGAAAAGUGAUGAAUCAUGUAGGGACUUGGUCGAUGAAGCAAAGAAUUAUCUUUUACUUCCGGAGCAAAGGUUGCUCAUGCAGGGGCCACGAACCCGACCACGAAAACCGACGAAAUGUACUGAGGUACUGUUUGCAGUGGGUGGGUGGUGCAGUGGGGAUGCCAUCAGCAGCGUCGAACGCUAUGAGCCACAGACAAGUGAUUGGAAAAUGGUCGCCACUAUGAGCAAGCGACGCUGUGGUGUUGGUGUCGCAGUUUUGGACAAUUUAUUGUAUGCUGUUGGGGGCCAUGAUGGUAGUAGUUACCUCAACAGUGUUGAGAGGUACGACCCCAAGACAAACCAAUGGAGCAGUGAGGUUUCACCCACUUGCACUUGCCGGACCAGUGUUGGUGUUGCUGUACUUGAUGGGUACAUGUACGCUGUUGGAGGGCAAGAUGGUGUUUCGUGUCUGUACAUUGUUGAAAAGUAUGACCCUCAAGAAAACAGAUGGUUUCGGGUGGCAUCUAUGAGUUCUCGUCGACUGGGUGUGGGUGUUGCAGUGCUCGACGGAUAUCUCUAUGCCAUUGGUGGGUCAGAUGGUACUUCACCUUUAAACACGGUAGAGAAAUAUGAUCCUAAAACAAAUCGGUGGAGUCCAGUGGCUCCCAUGGGAACAAGAAGGAAGCAUCUUGGAGCAGCUUUGUUCCAAGAUAAACUCUAUGUUGUUGGCGGGAGAGAUGAUGCAACAGAACUAAGCAGUGCUGAAUGUUAUGAUCCAAAAACAAACCAGUGGUUUCCAGUAGUUGCAAUGAACUCUCGCCGCAGUGGAGUGGGACUGGCAGUAGUGAAUGGCCAGCUUCUUGCUGUUGGUGGUUUUGACGGCACCACUUAUCUUAAGACUAUUGAAGUGUUCGAUCCAGUGUCUAACCAGUGGAAGCUUUAUGGAGGAAUGAACUAUCGCAGACUUGGCGGUGGAGUGGGAGUUGUGAAACUGCCACUAAGUGAUGCAUUUGGAUGUUAGACUGUAUUUUGGCAAAGGCUGAGUGGUCAAGGUCAAGAUGCAAGUACAGAAUAUGUUUGGUUUGGCAUUCCAUGAGCUGUUAGAACCGUUCAGUUUUGCUAGUUAUUGUAAUGAACCAGCAUCAGUAUUAAAACUCUACCGACAAUACUGGAAGUGCUGUAGGUAGAUCAGUGUGGAGAUUUUGUUACUGACAUUGAUCUGGUGGUAAAUAGUAACUGAACAUAUCAGCAAUGCAUGUUGUUCUGAUAAGUAGCAAACCUUGGGACAAUGCAAGAAUUUCAGUCUAAAUUUGUUGCAGUAAUAAUAUUGUUUUCUUGGUUUUAUGUUUACCAGUCCUUUAGUCAAAUCUGUAAAUGAUACUCUGAGGACUGAUAUCACAAGUCGUACAUGGAUUUGGACUGAAAUAUAUUUGUUUUAACUGUAGCCAUACCUUUACAACCAAAUAUGAUGUUUAACUUCAACUAUCUAAAUUUCAGCUAGUUAUCUUUUAAAAAGUUAGGUUAAACUUGAAAGGUCAUUUUCUCGAAAGGUCAUUAUCUCUAAAAGUGACCCAAAAUUUUUCAGCGGAAACUUAGUUUCAAAUGUCAGCCACCUUGACAUCCAUCAGUCCAAGGAGACAACUGACAUUUUCAGGCAAGGUGAAACCAAAAUGAUUGAGGACAUGUUUAUUCUUUUGAGUGAAGUCAUUGUUGUUUUUACUAUAAUUUCCAUUUUCUUAGCCAAGAUGUCAAAUAUAACAAACUUGAGUGUCACAAUGAGAAGUAAUAUUAAAGAUGAUACCUUAGGAAGUAAGCUUUCAAAACAAAAAAUUAUGUAUGAAAUAGCAACUUCUACCCACAUAGUCACUUCAGAAGAAAAAACCUUUUGUUUUACCCUUUUUGUUAAUUCAUAUUACCUAUCCACUUUUAAAGAAGAAAAUAUGGACCAAAAUAACCAUAGGCUUAGGACUGUCUUGUUAACCAUCCCAGAAAGGAGCACUUUUCUGGCCAAUAUCUGUUAAAAUCACUUGAGCCUUUUAAUGUUCAACUACGUUGGUGCUUGUUCAAAAAGAAAAUUAACAGGAGAGAAUGCUAAAUUAAACACAUUUAUUUAACGUUUUCUAUUAAUUACAUUGAAUUGUAAAGAAAUGUACAUUCCCUAUUAAAAAAGUAAUUUCUAAAAGUGUAGUAUUACUAUAUGGCUUGUCCAUGCCACAAUCCACCAUAGGAGAAAAGAUGGCGGCUGUACAUUUUACCACCAUACCUUGCGAACCUAACACAGCCUAUAAGGCACUAAGAAAGCCAAAUGUUUAUAAUAUUUGUUCCUGUACAAAGGACAUCGAGUAGCCUGGGUUUGAAGAUUUUAUAACGUUUCUGUACGUUUUUAUAGACGUUUUUAAAGUUGUUGUGCGCUAAGAACUGUGGGUAAAUGUACCAGUCGUCAUCUUUUUUGCUACGGAGGAUUGGUUCUUGAUGAUAGGCUACAGUAUGAACAAAAUUGUGCAAUUCGGAUGGUGUCCAGAACCCCUGGCUAGAUCAGAACAUAUAACACACAGGAAUACUACUUCUAACAUGUUGCAUGUAGCAUGUUACUUUCCUGUUCCUUACGCCUGGCAUAUCCAAAACGGUUGCUCAUUUGGAUGAUUCCGAAUUAUCUGAAUAAACUAUAUUAAGGAUACAUGAAUCACUUACCUUGCUGGUGUUCGCUGAUCUUAUAUGGUUCGCGGGCUCAGUGGUGUAUACAAAUCCCAUCAUGCACUUUGAGAAGUUCUCUUUCGGCUGCCAUCAUGGUAAGGUACUUGUCUGGAAGAAGUGGUGAUGAAAAAAUAUCCGUUUUCAUCUUAGCUUCUUGAUCGCUUUGAGACCCUUGUCAUAGCACAUGUUACUCUCUGAACAUUAAAAAACUACUGUGAAAAUUUAUUUUGUAAAUUUGCUCCGUGUGCGAAGUAUGAUGGCAGAAAAUAAAUGCAAGUUAGGGUUAGGUGCACGGACCAAUGUUACAAAUGACGCUGGUCAAACUGCUUAUGAUCUAGCAAUGUCCUCAGGUCUUGAUUGUGUUACACAGAGGUUUACAUCAAGUGUAGGGGAUGAAAUGUUGCAGAAGCUUACUAAA